GAAAAUGUUACUGAGAAUAUGUUAGCGAUCUCUAAUCCUAGAAGAGAACACCUCCUUCACCAAAGGGUUGUACAUGCAGUUAUUAUACAUCAAAGAGCUAUUGAGUAUCAUAAAUUUAUCAUGUCUGUAUAUCUGGUACCAUCCGGUAUUCUGUUCGUAAUUAUGAUUAUUGGUCUCAUUGUAGCUCUUUUUAGAGUAAGUGAUAUUUUUUCUAUUUUGUUUAAUUUAAUUUUAAAUUGUUUCUUAAGUAACAAUUUAUUACAGUGUUCUCUACAAUUCUCUACAUCAAAUGAUAAAAGUAUGAUACUUAUAAACGUUGGAUUAAUAUCAGUAUAUUUAAUUUAUUUAUUCACCCUUAAUUAUUGCGGACAAAUAUUAAUCGAUAAUGGAUUAAACUUUUUCGAAGCCACUUAUAAUGGAUUAUGGUAUGCAGCACCAUUAUCUAUACAAAAAUUGUUAUUAUUUGUAAUGCAAAGAGGAAGAAUACCCCUUACUUUAACGUAUUACGAUUUAAUUACUUCAUCCAUUGAUGGCUUUGCUACGGUUUUAAAAGCGGUAGUAUCGUACUUCAUGGUGCUUAAUUCUACGCAAAAAUAGUGAGCCAAAAAGAAAAAUAAUUAGUUAGAUUUGUCAAACUAAUAUAGUUGUGUAACACAAAUACAUAGAAAAUUUGUUGAAUAUAUGUGGUUAGAGUCACAAGGUGAAA